UAGUGUUUGAGGGGAAAAUAUUAUCUUGCUGCUGUUGUGAUAGCUAUGGAGUGGGAAAAAAAUGUCAUUACAUUUAAACCAAGUGGUUUGAUUUGUUUUUGAAGAGUCUUUACUUCAACAUAUUUCUACCAAUGCUUUAUGAAUUUACAGAAAAAUUAAAAGGCACUGUAUGAAAUACUAAUUGAGCUAAGGAGUAGCAACAUUUAAGUAUUAAAUCCAAGUUCCAAAGUAGUUGAUAUUUUGAGAAGAGAAAAUUCCAUUGUUGUACCUUUUAGGAACAAGAAAUUAGAAAAUGGCAUUUUUCAAAAAUUUUCAACAGAAUCUGCGGGGAGUGUCCUCCCUGGUGGACACAAUCAGUAGUGCUGUAGAAGACUUGACCACUGCUGUUGGGGAGGUCAGCUAUGCUUUAACUGACUCAGUUGCUGAGCAGGUAACAAGUAUGAUAAAUGGCUUUCGCCCUGAAGAGGAAAUUUCAGCCACAGAAGAAACUGUGAAUACUUCUGAGUCAAAAAAUACCAGGUUACCAGAAGUCUCCAACAACACUGCUUGUCAGAAAACACAGUCCAAUUUAGAGCACAGAGCAAAGGAAAUAAAUUGUAAUAAUACUUUUGCUUCUCAAGAGCAAGGAAUGCAUGAAGAAAGAUUAUUUAAACACACUAAUGAUAGGCUACAGACUCUAUCAGAGUAUCAAGAAACUGGUAAUGGUAGUGAUUCUUCUUUGAAAGGCUACAUGAAAAAUGAUGGGAUCUCAGUUAUGAAGCAGAAUACAAAACCUGAAUCUACUUGUCAUGGACUUGAAAGUAUUGACAGAUGUAAAAAAAUUGGAUUAGGAAUCUCCAAUGAUGGUAAGAAUGAUUUAAGGGAGGUAAGAUAUCAAGAAAUGAAAGAAAAUGAGAAUACCACCAAUGGAAUAAGCAUACUGUAUGAAAAAAAGAAAUAUAUUGUUACAGAUAAUCAUAAAAGAGAAGAAUAUGCUAAAUCUCAAUAUGCGUUUUUGGGACGAGAUCAAGAGAAAAUAGGCCAUUUCAAUAAAAGUGAACAUCUUAUUGAUUUAGGGCAUUCUGAUCAUUCAGAGGAAGCUGAAAAACAUAUUAAAGGUAAAGAAUUCAAAGGGAAUGAAUGUUCUCCAAAAGAUAUUUUGACAAGCAAUAGACAGAAACCUACUAUGAAAGAAGAUAUGUAUCCAGCAUCAUCAACUAAUUCUAAAAAUAAGUUUUCUGGAAAAAUCAAUCAACAAAUAAACCUAACAAAAUACCACAAAAUGAAAGGAGACAUUAAAACAAAGAAAAAUGAAGCCAAUUCUUCCAAGAAGGGAACAGCAAAGAGUAAAGUUGAAAAAUAUUCUAAGAUAGUACCAGAAAAAGAUAAUUCCUAUAUGGACAAAGAUGAGCAUGGUUCAUCCUCUGAAAGUGAAGAUGAAGCACUGGGUAAAUAUCAUGAGGCCUUAUCCAGAACACAUAAUUCUAGACUACAGUUGGUAGAUUCUAGACAAAAGAACUACGCUUGGGAAACAAGACAAAAAUACAGUCCUUUAUCUGCAGAGUAUGAUGGAUAUAGUAGUGAAGCAUCAAUAGACGAAGGAAACUGCAUUCAGAGAAUGAGAAGAACACCGCCGCUGGAUGAAUUGCAACCACCACCAUAUCAGGAUGACAGUGGUUCUCCCCAUCUCUCAUGUACACCUUCAGAAAUUGGGGAUGGUAAAUGUGAAUUUUCCCACUGCAGCAACAGUCCACGAUGCUCAUAUAACAAGUGCCCAAGUGAAGGAAGCACAGGUCAUGAAAUAGAAAGUUUUCAUAAUAAAGGAUAUGAAGAAGAUGUUCCAAGUGACAGCACCGCAGUCCUGAGCCCUGAAGUAAGUGAAGCACAUGAUAUGUCAGCUCAAGGAUCGUCUUCACAGCUUCCUAAACCUUUUGAUCCUGAGCCAGAAGCUAAAUAUGGCACACUGGAUGUGACUUUUGACUAUGACUCACAAGAACAGAAGCUUUUGGUAACAGUGACAGCUGUCACAGACAUCCCAACAUAUAACAGGACAGGUGGCAACUCAUGGCAAGUACACCUUGUUCUUCUACCUAUAAAGAAACAGAGAGCAAAAACCAGCAUCCAGAGAGGACCAUGCCCUGUCUUCACAGAAACAUUCAAAUUUAAUCAUGUUGAAUCUGAGAUGAUUGGAAAUUAUGCAGUUCGGUUUAGACUUUAUGGUGUACAUCGCAUGAAAAAAGAAAAGAUUGUGGGGGAAAAGAUUUUUUAUUUAACAAAAUUGAAUCUUCAAGGAAAAAUGUCAUUACCUGUGAUACUGGAACCUUCUUACAAUCAUUCUGGUUGUGACUCCCAAGUGAGCAUGUCAGAAAUGUCCUGUAGUGAAAGUACAUCGUCUUGUCAAUCUCUUGAACAUGGUUCAGUUCCAGAAAUUCUCAUUGGCCUGCUUUAUAAUGCCACAACUGGAAGAUUAUCAGCAGAAGUGAUAAAAGGCAGCCACUUCAAAAACUUGGCAGCGAACAGACCACCCAAUGGACUGUUCUGUUGUCUAAAACACUUGAUAGGUGGACAGGUUUAUAUAAUCCGAGAUACAUAUGUUAAGUUAACUCUACUGAAUUCCAUGGGUCAAGAGAUGUCCAAAUGCAAGACAUCCAUCCGCAGAGGGCAGCCAAAUCCAGUAUACAAGGAAACUUUUGUAUUUCAAGUGGCCCUAUUUCAACUUUCUGAUGUGACACUUAUACUAUCUGUGUAUAACAAACGCAGCAUGAAAAGAAAAGAAAUGAUAGGCUGGAUUUCUUUAGGUCUGAACAGCUCCGGAGAAGAGGAACUCAAUCACUGGACUGAAAUGAAGGAGUCGAAAGGACAGCAAGUAUGUAGAUGGCAUGCAUUACUAGAGUCGUGAUGAAGAGGAUGAACGAGUGGUCAGUCAAAGGCAGAAUUUAUUUCUUAUUACAACACUGCUGUUUUUACCUGGUCACCAUGAAAAGAGCUAUUCUUUGAAGAAUAAUAUUCAACUCUACCAAAAUUAUUUAGAUGCGUGGAAAGAUCAUCUAAUACUGACAUAAAUAAAGAAAAGAUGUGUCUCUUGUAAAGCUUGUCUGGAAACUGAGAAACUGACAUCAUUAAUGUUAAACUAAUGGUCCUCCAGAGAUUUAAAAAUAUGCUUUUGAUUUGAAGUUACUUUUACUUUAGCAAAAGAGCCAGUAAUUUUAUGGAAGAUUAUAAGUGAUUUUUAAAAAUCAGAAUUUUAGUUGCAACACUAUUUUAGUAUCACCCUACAUAUUACCUAAAACAUUUUAAAUGGCCAAUCUUGGUGUUUGUAAUGUUAUUUAAUAUAAAAAAAUAGUUCUCCAGCACUAUCACAAGUCAUAUUUACUAGUGAAGGGUUUCAAUCACAUUUAAAAUUAUUUUGUCUCAGACGUGUUCUUUGUGCCCUUAGUUUCAUUGUGCCUUGGUUCUUCUCCAUAGCACUAAAUCUAAGUGCAAGCAAGUAUUCAUUUUCACAAAAGAAUUUUGAAGCUUUGUUGUUUUUCAAAAGUUUAUUUCUUUAUUUGCCUUUGCUUUUGCCUGAUCCAAAGAGACCAAGUCAUGUUCUGGUCCCUUGCAAGCCUUCUAGACAGGUUGUACUGUAGAACUAUGUAACUUUCUGUUGAAAGCACUUCCUGUAUUCUUGUAUUCCAAUGUAGGAAGCCAAUAGAACAGGACUUUAUUUUAGAAUUUCUUUCAGUGAUUGACUCUUUACAAUUGUAGUAAUGUGAAAAACUUUUUUUUACAAACUGAAAAAUAAGCUGAGCUGUUGGAAAUUGAAUGCGAUUCAAGUUAAAGAAAAAUUUAAUUGUCUGCUCUGAGUAUUUAGUAAGUAACACUGCAUAAGGCAGGUAGCAUUCAAAAUAAGAAACUCUUCUCUGUCGCCCUCACUUCAGUUUAUAUGGUGAUGUAAAGACUAUCCUGUUCAGUUUGAUUCAGAACAUCAAGUUAAAAACAGUUCUGAGAUUCCUUAUGAAGUUUCUAGUGACUUGUGACUAGAUUUUAUGAAAUUUACAGAUAACGUUCUUCAACGUGAUGUCAUCUUGUGCCUUUCAUGUAAGUUCAAUUUGCUCAUACAGCUUGGAAGUUGUAUUUGCAAAAUUAGGCCUUCGAUUUUUUAUAAAUAUAAAGAUUCCUCAGAACAGUGUCACAAGAUCUUUAUUUCCUCUGACGUAUGUAAAAGUUAUACAAUGUACUAAUUUUUUUUAAAUGGCAAGGCACUUUUAUUUGUUGUUUUUAUAUUUAGGAACUCUGAAUAAUCAAGAAUAUUAUAAGCUAUUUUCUUUUCAAUUUUGCUUCUUAUCUAACAUAUAAUUUAUGCAUAUACUUUAUUAAAUAGAGUAUGUUUUGUAUAUAUGAAAAAUUUUUUCUUUCUCAUUUUUAGUAAAGCUAGACAAAAGUGUACUAUUUACCAAUUACUAAAAAGCAGAAUAUCAUUGUUCCUAGUCCCCACUAAGUACAAUAUGUUAUUGUAAGCUAGAACUCAUUAUUACCAUAAUGAAACCAUGCAUAGAUAUUACUACUUCAGCUUGGCUGUACUGAAAGGCCUUAAAAAAGAUUUUUAAAAACCCAUGAAUUCAUAUUUUUUAGUUUAAAAAAGGCAGCUCUGUGCUUUAAUACUUGUGAGUUAUAAGAAAAAAUGCAAAUGAGCAACAUGGGUUUUAAGAAUAUGUAUUACAGAGUUGCAUUAAAGAAAAAAUUCAUUCUUUGUUACAUCAGUGCACUUUUUUCCAGGAUUUUUUAAAUAAAUGAGUUACAGUUAGAACAUGAGUUGAAUGGCAAAAUACCUCAUUUAAGUAUUUUCAUCAACAAUGCAAGAAAAGUUUGAAGGGGGAUGUAGAUUUUACUGAGAAAUUAGAUUUAGGCAUUUGAUGUUACAGUUAUCUUUCCUGUCUUUGAAACAACUGUCUUUGUUGUUAACACCUGGUAUCUUUCUAAUAAAGAGAGUUGUCAGUCUUAUAUGUAGCUGUAACAAAGCUUAAUCAAACAUAUUAAUAAGGCCAGUUUGGUGCUUUCACCUUUAGUAAGAAAAAGAUAACUGUUAUUUGUUAAAUCUACCUUUCUUCAGACAGAAUUGUGUGUGUGAUCUGAUAUCUCUUUAGAGGUUUAUCUAGUAUAAGUAUCAAAUCUUAUGUAGCCCAAAAACUAAUCAACAUUUUUGUAAAUUUCAGGGAGGACCCUCCUCCACCCCAGCUGCCAAGUCCUCAAAGAUAAUAAGUUAUCUGUAUGUGUGUCAAUACAUACACACAUGCCUACACUCACACACAACAUACAUAUGUACACAUAUAUGUAUUUAUAAUGGUGAAGGUGUCCUGGCUUUUUCAGACUACUGAAUAGAAAAAUAUUCCUCAAAUUUAUGGAUUGUUUUUCUCCUUUAUAUAAAUUACUAGGUCUUAUAUUUGGUUUUGAGGGCUAUUUGGUACCAUUCUCCACCAUACAUAGCAAAAUACACAUCUUUUCUUCUUGUGGCUUGAUACAACUUAGAAUAAUUACUCCCCCAAAAUUGUCUAUUUUUUUCCAAAAAGGAUUAGAGUUCAAGAGAUGCACUUCACUGUGCUUCAUCUAACAUACAAGACAGUACUACUACUUUUUUUGUUUACUUGAAUUCACAUGAAAGCUUCAAGGCAAAAUUUUAUAUCUCAGUAAUUAUAGCAAAUAGGUGCCCACUGGUGGGCAGCAGGUGUUGACUCAGAAACUUGAGAAAGACAGUCGACUUUCUUGUUGUUCUGCUAAAAUCCCCUAAGCUUCAUAAUUAAAUGAGCUAGUCCAAAUAUGAAGUUGACCAGCAUUUAUGGCAGCUCCUGAAAUCACACUAUCCCAAAGGAACUACAAAAUGUAGUAGUUUAUUAUUGCCCGGAAACAAAGCAUAUUUCAAAUCAGUGAAGAAUUUGUUUAGUAUAAUAUCAUCUUCCCUUUCAGAAGCCUUAUUCUGUAAUCUGUGUUCCCAGUACUGUUCAAUUUGCUUGAAAUCCACUUGUACAUUAUCUUAUCAUGUGUUCAGUGAAUUCUUGAUAGUAUAGUAUUGCCUGACAAAAAUAAUAUAUUAGACCACAAUUUAAGAAAAGAAAACCCAAUGAGAAGAUAUCUAAAGUAUCCUGAUUAAUAUACACAUGAUCUCCCAGUCUCUCAAAUAAAUUAAAAGUAUAGGUAGGCUAUUUAAAGUUUGAAUCUUAGAUGACAUAAAAACAGUAAUUGUGAGCACAUUUUUUUUCCAUUUCAUUAUUUGGAUAUGAAUAGAAAUGAUACAAAUUUGUUUGCAUGUAAUUACCAUUUACUUAUAUAGAUGAGAUAAUUCAGAGAAAUUUACAUUGAUAUUUAUAAUUCACAAGUUUUCUUAUUUUUUUCCGUUCACUGCCCCCAGUUCAUCUAUGACUUACAUUGGAAGUAGCCAUCAAUAUCAAUAUCCUUAUCACCAACCAUACUUAAUAUUGAGCACAAGGUUAAGCAUGCUGUAAAGCAUUUUCUUUUUUUCCCCACAUUUUUAUUGGUGCAUUAUAGUUGGUACAUACUGAUAGUAUUUGUGGUUACAUAUUUGUAUGUGUAUAUAAUACACAAUAUAAACAUAAUUUGGCCAGUAUCACUCCCCAAAACUUCACCCCUCCCUCCAUGCCUUCCAUCCCUUGGUCCCUUUCCUCCACUGAUCUUCCUUUG